AUGACUGUGCAUGUGGAGAUGGCUGACCCGCACGCGUUCGUCCCACAAAAGGAGAUCGUUUACAACAACCUGCUGCCUUACGCAGAGCGGCUGCAGCGGGAGGCCACCAUGUUGUUGGAGGAAAUCAAAGCCAACCUGUCCAGAGCGGUUCUUCUCAGAGAACUAUGGCCUGGAGUUGCAUUCUGGACGAGAAGACUCCUCAAUUUUCUGAAGCUGUACGGCCGGAGGUUCAGCAAAGAGGACCACGUUCUCUUCAUCAAGCUGCUCUAUGAGUUGGUCACUCUGCCCAACCUGGAGCCCCACAUGAUGCAGAGCUACGCCCGGCUGCUCAUUCACCUUCUCAAGAAGAAGGAGCUGCUCUCACGGAAUGACCUGCAGUUGCCAUGGAGACCACUCUAUAAUCUCUAUGAGAGGAUUGCCUACUCCAAAACCGAACAUCUCGGCCUCAUUUGGUUUCCCAACUCACUGGACCACAUACUGAAGGCUUUGAUCAAAAGUUGCAGACUGUAUUUCCCUGCAUCAUCUACAAAGGAGAUGCUGGAUGAGUGGCGCCCCCUGCUGUGCGUGUUUGAUGUGGUCAUGCAGAAGGCCAUCAGUAACAUGGAACUGUUCCUGCCCACCAUCAUGCCCCCGCAGGAACACAGCCAGGGCUUCCAUUUGUGGUUUGAUGAGUUAAUGAAUCUUUGGAUGUCGGUGCAAAAUCAGCCAAGUUGGGAACUGCACCUAGUGAACCUGUUUGCACGGCUGGCCAAUGAUAACAUUGGCUUUGUGGACUGGAGCUUUUAUAUUCCCACAAUCUUCACCAGGAUCUUGCGAAGUCUGAACCUUCCAGUCGGGGUCAAUCAGAUGGUUGCGCCGCGGUAUCUCACCAAUGCCUGUGACAUGGGACACUUAGUGUUGUGGAUUACAGCCCUUCUGGGUGGACCAGGGAAUCCUGCACAGAAAGAGCUAACUACCCUCUUCAAUAGCAUUGCCUCCUUUUACCAUCCAAGCAAUCACGGCCGUUGGCAGUCUCGUCUGAUGCGACUGCUUCAGCGUCUCCCGGAUGGCGUUGUACGCCGAGUUCGGCGAGAGCGUCACGCGGCCCCCAGCUGGAUCACAUUAGUCCCAGAGAACAAGAGACUGACUGAUGAAGACCUGCAAGAGUUCACCCGUAGCCUCAUUGGACCUGCCCUGCUGGCCAUGUUUAGUAAAACAGGGAGUACGAAUGCAGCCUACGCUCUGCAGAAUCUGGCUCUACUUGCUCCUGAACUUGCCAUAGCACCUGUACUGGAGAAGACUUAUGCAUCGAUGGUGACCCUGACAGAGCCGCACACCCUCACGGCCACACUCAGCUGCAUGGUCGGCAUGGCUCGCAGCAUCGUUUCAGCGAACAGCAAUUACCCAGAAGGCCGGGUGCAUGUGCUCCCGCUGCUCAUAGGCUCUCUGCCAGGAGUGGACCCGAAUGACUUCAGCAAAUGCAUGAUAACGUUCCAGUUCAUCACCACCUUUACCACUCUGGUGCCUUUAGUGGAUUGUUUUUCUGCUCCUUCCCGACACAGCGACCUCGACGAGAUUGAGAAAAGUCUGUGUUUUGCUUCAGCUGAGUUUGAAGACUUUAUUCUCCAGUUUCUGGACAGGUGUUUUGUCCUGAUAGGCAGCAGCACACUGGAACAGACGAGAGAUGAGACUGAGGCGGAUACCCAGACCCAGCUGGAGAGGCUGGUGGAACUCGGCAUCUCCUCGACUGUUAGCACCGUUCUGACUCAGUGCUCCACAAAAAUAUACAAGGUGGCGCUGCAAAAAGUGUAUACUUUUUCCACCUCAAACACCUUUGAGACGUGCGUGUCAGGCAGGAUGGUGGCUCACAUGUGCAGGGCUGCAGCAAAGUGUAAUCCGGCUGAGUCUCUUCGUCUGUUUGUUCCUCACUGCUGUGGCGUCAUUUUCCACAUUACUGACAAUGAGGAGCUGCAGAAUGAAGAGGAGCUUGAUAAGGAGCUGCUGUGGAACCUCCAGCUGCUGUCUGAGGUAACUCGUGUGGAUGGCCAACAGCUGUUGAAAUACCAAGGGGACUUGGAGCGCAUCCUGUGUGUGUGUCUGCACCUGCACUGUAAAAGGGCAUACACACUCGCCUGCAGUCUGCUGGAACACACACUCCGAUCGCUGUCGCUCAUCUAUCCCACCGAGUACCGCAGCACCCCUGGAGGAUUCGAUACUGAGCUCCCCAUACGGGACUGGGGCAGAGCUGGAGACGUGAAGGCUUUGGGUGUUUGCUGGCAUGUGCCUAGUCAGAAGGAGAAGAACUUUGUGUUCCAGCUGCUGUCCCGCCUACUGCACCCCGGGCUUCAGCGAAUCAGGAACCACAUCUGUGAAACGCAGUUAAUGAGCAGGGAGGAGCUGUUGCAGAGUCUUGCGAUCGUGCAGCACUGCCUUCUGGGAGCUGGAAGCCUGCUGCCCCCUCUGGACGGGCCUCUCGUGUGUGACCUCGUGUCCUCCAUGGUGAACCUGUGGGAGCUCAAGCUUCACACUGGUGUUGACUACGAUGAUUCGCAGGAGAAUUACAGAGAGUCCAUCUGCCAAACCAUGAGACUGCUGCUACAUCACAUUUUGGAGCACUGUGAAGACGACACAAAGUCACUGUUCGUCAUCAUUAAGAUCAUCAGUGACCUCAUGUUUUUCCGCGGCACUCAAAAGAAGGAGUUCGACUCGCGCUGGAAAAGCUUCACCCUUGUCAAGAAGUCUCUGGAAAACAGACUUCUUGGCAAAAAGCACCACAUUCGAGCGCUGCUCAUUGACCGGGUUUUGCUCCAGCAUGAGGAAAGCAGACUGCGGUCUGUACAUGAAGAAGUCGGUGCACGGCAUCAGCUACGGUUUAUAUCCACCAGCACACACUCCCAGGUCCGAAGCAGGGCCCAGAAUGUGCUGACGGAUGCACUGGGAACAUAUAGUUUCUCCUACCAAGACCUGAUUCCCAGAAUCAUACAACUGCUCUCUCCAGAGCACACUGCAGGCACACAGCAGCAGUUCAAGGGCGCCCUCUACUGCCUGCUGGCUAUUCACAGUGGUGUUUGUAUGGUCAAUGUGAGGGACUGGGACUGUGUCGGCUUGGUGUGGCCCGCUCUGGUCCGUUGUGGCCUGUCGCCCUCCAUGUCCUCAGAGAAGCCUUCCAUCAACCAGUUGCUUGAUGACGUCAUUGACAGAAUUCAUCGACAGCACGACACCAUCGGGAUCUGUUUCACUGUGUCUGAGAGCUGUGCAGAGACAGCAAAUCAAAUCUCACAGACUCAACAUCCGACCUCCCAGUUAGAGGCACCAACCAUCGAAGAGCUGAAGGAGGGGCUUCAGCGGCAGCGAAUCAGAAAUGUGGUUGCUGCAAAGAAAUAUGAGAAACUGGUCAAUGAUCUGCUGGAUUGCCUUGAAGACAAAGACCUUUCAUGGAAGUUUGAGCACAUGGCCACAGACCUCCUGUCUCUCCUGCUAAGAGAAGAUCACCCGCUGCCCCCGGAUGCCGUCCUCUACUUCACACAGAGCCUCAUACAUGACUCCAUCAGCAUCCGCAAGGUGGCAAUCUCAGCAAUGGCUGGAAUUCUGAAACAGAUGAAAAGGCCAAGAAAGAAAGUAGCUGUGAGGCCGUCGAUGAUCAGUGGUCUAGAAGAUCCCGAGGGUGUGUGCGUGGGGGACCGUGAGAGCAAUCGCUGGCUGCAGUAUGACAGCAACAACCUCCCUCUAAGUCAGGAGCAGUGGGACUCGCAGCACUUUGUGGAGAAAACACACUGGGGAUACUACUCAUGGCCGCGAGAAAUGAUGAUCUAUGCAGCUUCUGAGAAGCCGAAAGACGACCAGCCGUAUGACGAGAUGUGCGAGGGUGAAAAGAUCAUCUUUGAAUAUUUCUCUGACGCAGAGUUUAUUGAUCAGCUUAUGCACUUCCUCUCUCUCGAGGAUCGGAAAGGAAAAGAUAGCUUCAACCCGAGACGCUUCUUUAUGUUCAAGGGGCUGUUUUGUAAAUAUGCCGAUGCGUUCCUGACGGUGCUGAUGCCUCACCUCGAGCAGCUCGCUGGUGACCCUCGUGAGAGCUCCCAGCGCUGUGUGUGUGAGAUUACUGCAAGACUAAUCAGAGGCAGCAAGCUGUGGAGCUUCAGCAAGGUGAACAGGUUGUGGCAACGUUUGUGUCCUUUGAUCAGGACCUCAUUAAGCAACAUCACAGUAGAAACUUACAAAGACUGGGGCACCUGCAUCGCCACUGCUUGUGAAGGCCGGGAGCCGAGGAAACUGCACUGGCUGUUUGAGCUGCUGAUGGAGAGCCCCCUCAGCAGAGAGGGAGGCUCCUUCCGGGAUGCCAGUUUGCUGUAUGUGCUUCAGGGUGGUUUGGCCCAGCAGCAGUGGAGAGUUUCUGAGCUCCUGCACCGGCCGCUGGCUUACCUGGAGCCCAGGCUCACCCAGGUCUAUAAGAAUGUCAGGGAGCGCAUUGGCAGUGUCCUGACCUAUAUCUUCAUGAUAGACGUGGCCCUGCCCCACACUCAGCCCACCUCCUCCUCCCACGUGGCAGGGUUUGUCACUCGGGUCCUGGGGCGGCUCAGGCCGCUCACAUCAGAGCCAGAGAUCUACAACCACAAAAAUAAGGAGAACGCCCCAGAGACGGAUGAGUGCACCCAGGCUGUCAAACUGCUCAAAACGGUUUUGAAAUGGCUGAUGGCAAGCGCGGGGCGAACCUUCACCACUCCAGUGCAGCAGCAGCUCCAGCUCCUCCCGCUGCUCUUCAAAAUUGCCCCGGUGGAGAUUGAUGAGAGCUAUGAUGAGAUGAAGCAGGACGCGCGCACGUGUCUCUCUCUCAUGUCCCAGGGCCUGCUGUAUCCUGAGCACAUCCCUCUGGUUCUGACAGCGCUGGAAGAGAUGUCAAUCAGCAGGUCGUGGCAUGCUCGCUACUCAGUGCUAACCUACCUCCAGAUCAUGGUCUUCUACAACCUGUUUACCCUGUUCAGUGUGCCUGCAGAGGUGCUGCGCAUCCAAACCCUGGUGAUGCAGCUUCUUCUUGAUGAACAGCUUGAGGUGAGGGACAUGGCAGGCACCACCCUCAGUGGUUUUCUGCAGUGCCAGUUCUUCCCUCUGGACUCCAGCCUGCAGACGCAGCUUCAGACGCUGAGUCAGACUCACCUACUUAAGGCGAGAGGGGAGCUGGCCUCCGCAGACUUAGUGCGACGCCAUGCUGGAGUGCUUGGGCUCAGUGCGUGCAUCCUGUCAAGCCCCUACGGCGUCCCAGACUGGAUGCCUCAGAUCCUGAUGGACCUGAGUGACCAUCUAAAUGACCCCCAGCCCAUCGAGAUGACCGUGAAGAAGACACUGUCGGAGUUCAGGCGUACUCACCAUGACAACUGGCAGGAGCAUCGGCAGUGCUUCACCGACGACCAGCUGCUGGUGCUCACAGAUCUGCUGGUGUCGCCCUGUUACUAUGCCUAAACCGUUGCCUUUUCCACCCUCACCACAAACUGACAGGUCGCUGCUACUAAUGAUGUCGCCUCACUGAUGCUCUGUUGUCCACCAGUUGACUGUUCAGCCUGGUGCAGAGCUCCAUCUCUGGAACCUCACGCACCGUGUCGGCCUUCAAGUCAGUUUGAAAUAUUUAAUUUACUUGCACUAUUUGUUUAAAGUGAUGAGGAUUUUACGU